AUGUAAGACCGACGAUUUUGAAAGAAAGCCUUUGAAGCUAUGCGGCAAUGAAGCUUGCUGUUCCAUCGCUAGGGUUCUCAUCCUCUAGGGCUUGGGGCGAGGCCUGUGGCAGCGGCGGGGAGCCGCGGAUCUCUGGGAAGGAUCGAGGAGAGCGUCCAGGAAUGCGGCUGUAAUUCGCUCGUCUUGAUGCUGUUGCUGCCGUGUAUCGACCGGUAGCGUGUUUCGUCCGCACGGAUUUCGCCCAAAUUUCGCUCCACUGCGAAUCAAGGAUGGAUGCAUGGUCUACUCUCUCAAUUUUGCUACUGCUGCUGCUAGUAGCGCCAGACGUGCAUGGAAAAUUCCUGGUGGAGAAGAACAGUCUCAGCGUGACCUCGCCAGAUUCGCUCAAAGGCACGUACGAUAGCGCUAUUGGGAAUUUUGGUGUUCCACAGUAUGGUGGGACUAUGGUUGGAACUGUGACUUAUCCGAAGGAUUCGAGGAUGGCAUGCAAACCGUACAGUGAUUCCGAUACUUUCAGGAGGAAAUCCGGUGGGCUUCCCAACGUGGUGCUUGUCGAUCGAGGAGAUUGUUACUUCGCUUUGAAGGUUUGGAACGCACAAAACGCUGGAGCGGCUGCUGUACUGGUUGCGGAUGAUAGAUCCGAGCCUCUGAUCACCAUGGACUCUCCAGAGGAGGACUCUGCGGCGUCCGAGUACGUGGAAAACAUCACGAUCCCUUCGGCUUUGAUCGAGAAAAGUUUCGCGGAUAAGCUCAAGAGGGCUCUCUCGGACAACGAGAUGGUGAACAUCAACCUUGACUGGAGGGAGUCGCUUCCACAUCCGGACGACAGGGUGGAAUACGAGUUCUGGACCAAUAGCAACGACGAGUGCGGACCGAAGUGUGAUGCACAGAAGGAAUUCGUGAAGAACUACAAGGGAGCAGCACAGAUUCUUGAGCGAGGUGGCUACACACUGUUCACUCCUCACUACAUUACCUGGUACUGUCCUCAAGCGUUCAUCUUGAGUAAACAGUGCAAGUCCCAGUGCAUCAAUCAUGGACGAUACUGCGCGCCGGAUCCAGAACAAGACUUUAACCGUGGCUACGAUGGAAAAGAUGUAGUGGUAGAGAAUCUCAGGCAGCUCUGCGUUUUCAAGGUUGCUACCGAGGAGAGGAAACCGUGGGUAUGGUGGGACUACGUUACUGAUUUCCAGAUCCGGUGUCCUAUGAAGGAGAUGAAGUACAAUGAGGCUUGCGCGGAGGACGUUCUCAAGGCUUUGGAUAUUCCUGUGCACAAGGUGCGCGACUGUAUGGGGAAUCCAAACGACGACAAGGAUAAUGCUGUUUUGAAAUCCGAGCAAGACGCUCAGGUGGGACAUGGCAGCCGUGGUGACGUUACCAUUUUACCAACACUAAUCGUGAAUAACAGGCAGUAUAGAGGCAAGCUGGAUAAAGCCGCGGUGCUGAAAGCUAUUUGUUCGGGUUUCCAAGAAACUACAGAGCCAGCCGUCUGUUUGAGUGAAGAUAUGCAAACAAACGAAUGCCUUACGAACAAUGGGGGAUGCUGGCAGGACAAGAGCGCGAACGUCACCGCAUGUAAAGAUACUUUCCGUGGAAGAGUGUGCGAGUGUCCCAUUGUGCAGGGCGUGCAGUACAGCGGAGAUGGAUACAGUCACUGUGAAGCUCUCGGACCUGGGAGAUGCAAACUUAAUAAUGGAGGAUGCUGGCAGCAUACUCGAAAUGGUGUAACUCAUACAGCAUGCUCGGAUAGACAAUUGAAAGGAUGCCAGUGCCCCGCCGGUUUCAAGGGAGACGGUUUUAACACUUGCGAAGACAUCGAUGAAUGUCGUGAGCGCGUCGCCUGCCAGUGCCCGGAUUGUACUUGCAAGAACACGUACGGUAGCUAUGACUGCUCUUGCAGCGGUGAUCUUCUUUACAUGCGAGAACACGAUACUUGCAUAAGCAAGAAAGGCUCCACCGCGAAAGUUGGCUGGGUUGUCAUCUUCACUGUUCUUGGUGGACUCUCAGCUGCCGCUAUCGCUGGCUACGUUGUUUACAAAUACAGGCUCCGGUCUUACAUGGAUUCGGAGAUUAGAGCUAUCAUGGCACAGUACAUGCCGCUCGACAGCCAAAACGAUGUGCAUCACCACUUGCAAGAGGAUGCUUGAUUGUAUAUGUAACUAUCAAUGUUGUUACAACAGGACAGGUAAAUGCAUCGUUUUUCUUACUCGAGAAA